UCUAUACAGUGAUGCAUAGAAGUAAUAAAAAAAAUCCGCGCAGAAGUAUCUGAAAACUAAAAUCAACAUCAUUAGAGAUUAACCUAUUAAAGGUUUUUCUAUAAGACUAUAAUAUAAUGGAACGUGACACACGACAAUCAGAUAACGGUAAUAUACGACAAUCAGACGAACAAUAUGAUGAUGAUAACCUUACCGAUGUUAGCUUGGACGAAGAUGACGAAGAAUUGAUUGGAAGAGUAUUUUAUGGUGAUGAUAAUAAUAGUUAUGGUCUGGAGGAGGACUAUUCUGACUAUGAAGAGAAUGGAUCUGGACUGUCUUCAGAUGAAAUUGAUGGAUUAUCCGAUAUAGAAGAUGAGGAGCUUGUAAGAAAAUAUAAAAAAUUAAAGGCUGGAAUGUUGGAUACAGAUUUAAAUGAAGAAGAAAGAAAGCGCUUAUUGAUUGCCAACUUUACGGACGAUCAAAUGGAGAGAUUUGAAGCUUACAGAAGAAUGACAAUCAAUAAAGGAGGUGUAAAGAAGAUUAUCAAUAGUAUAAUUGGUCAUUCAGUACCACAUAAUAUCUCAGUUGUUUUAGCGGGUAUAUCAAAGCUGUUUUUAGGUGAUGUGAUAACAAAAGCAUUGGAGAUUCAAGAAAAAGAAUACAAGGCAAAGCUUAUUAUAGAUAUAGAAGAUAAAAAGAAUCAAAAACGAGAAAUCCUUAAGAGCUUAGAUAGGGGACAAGAAAUUGAAGUAGAUGAUAGACGACUACAAUAUGAGGGUGAUCAAAUCAAACCACUUCAACCACAUCAUAUCAGAGAAGCAUGGAGAUUAUAUAAAUUAGAAAACAGUGGAUCUAUAAGCCCUCAAUGGAGAAGACAAGGUGAUGCUGAUGGUAAGAUGUUUAGGUGAUUUCCAAUACAUAUAGUUUGUACUAAAUCGAUACUGAAAGUAUCAUGCCACUUCUGAAAUGUCACACCAUGAUCUCUGACUACAUUAUUUCAUAAUCUAUUACUCAUAUUUAGAAUACGACUAACGAAUAAAGACAUGCUUCUAAAGCGAAGUAUA